AUGCAGACUAAGUCUACACGGAAGCAAGAAGACCGCUCUACAGCCCGUUACUCAAGAACCCCACUAGCAAAGUCAUCCAAACCGUCAACUGGGUAUCAAGUUGCAAAAGACGAAGAAAAGCGAAGGGACUCUCAGAGGUCGUUAGAGUCUGGCUCAGAUGACGAUAAGGCAUGUGACGCUAUGAUGGAUGAGCUCUCAAAGCUUAAUUCUCUUCGCAAGAAAAAUAAGCUACCUUUCGAAACAAUAUGGACUUCGGUCCUCGGCAUUAUUGAAUCUGAAACCUGGAGACAACUUGCGGCUUCUAAAAAUUUGAAAGAGCAUAAGGGUGACCGUAUUUUUCUCGGGGUUCUAUUGGAGAUAGCUAAGAGAGGGUACAUAAUGGUCGACGAAAAGAAGAUUACCGCGAAAGAUGUGAUCAUCAUUUACAGGAAGCAUGCUGCAUUCAAGCCCUGGUGGCCCGUGAUCUUGUGGAUGCAGUUGAGGUCUCUGGUAGAAACGCCGACGCUAGGCCUCUCAACACCUCCUACACAGGUUGCAUUUGCAGAGAAGCUAUCUGGUCUCAUAAAGAUAUGGGCUUUAUAUUUCGAAUCGUACAGGUCAAAAUCGUCCUAUUGGGACAGAUAUAUGUCUGGAACAGGCCAAAUAUUUGAGCAGGAGAUCGAGAGAGUGUCAGAAGCUGGAUUGAAGCCAGUGGAAGUCUCAGAAGAGUUUGAGAAUCUACCAUUGGCAUUGGGUGCCAGAUUUGGGCAAUUGUUUGGCUUCGGGAAAAACAAGCCUCGGUUCCAACCAAUAGCAUUGGUUGCCAUAUUCUCGCUGCAUUUUCUCGAACUACACAUGGAUAAGCUGGAGAACGAUCAAGUCAUCUUGGAUGCCGCAUUGACGCUAAGAAACAGCUUCCGUAUUCUCGAGAAAAACUCAGCGUGGGAUUAUGAGAGUGUUCGUCAUCAUUUGAGGGGAGUAGGCACCUCAAGACAGGAUCUUGAAGCUGCAAAGGCAGAAUGGUUGGGAUUAUCGGCACAGGGUAGCAGAAAUUCUCCAAUGUCAAAUGUAGCUCGACGUUCCCCGCGAGUUUAUUUCUGGACAGGACACAACAUAGACAGGUGGUUCGCUAGGGCAAACCGUCUAAGCUCUACAGAGCCACCAGGCAUUAAAGAUGUCAUUCGUUUCUGGCAUUUCUCUAAGGACAAGCUAGAAAAGGAGCAACUUGAAGAUCCUGAGAUACGAGAUAAGAUUUUUGCUCGCCUCUUCAAAUUAUUUUUCGAAGUCAAUCGCAAUGACGAGGCUAUUGAAGUCUGGAAUUACAUGCUGUCAAGUGGUGUACGGCCCACUAAGAUACACUGGACCGCAAUGCUGGCAGGAUGUGGGCGUGUACGAGAUCUGGAAUCCAUGCAGGGUAUUUGGUCGAACAUGCUGAAUUCCAAGUUUGAGCCGGAUAAUGAGACUUGGACCGCGUAUAUUCACGGUAUUGUCAGAGCAGGGCAGUCUCAACAAGGUCUAGCCCUCUUAGAACAAUUAAGUCACGACUGGAGGUCAAAGAUAAAAUCAAUCCAGCCUUCCCUAGGCCCAGUACACGGAGCUAUGUCUGCCAUUCACACUUUGAAUCGGGGAAGGAACAGCAUCAUCGACUUCCACAAACUCGUCCUGAAUUGGGCUCGUUCUCAAGGUCUCCAACCGGAAACAUUCACGUAUAACAUCAUGCUGAAAACCAUCAAUCUAUCCGCUACCACCGAUGAGCUCCAAAGCCACCUCAAGGCGAUGGCGGAGGAUAACUGCAAACCUGACAUAAUCACCUACACUCUCAUCCUCAAAGGCCUCGUCGGCUCCUACAAAUCUCCCUUUUUCUCCCUCAGCGAGAAAGAUCAAGUCGCAGCCAUCAAUUCCGUCCUCCAAAGUCUCUCUACCAACAACAUGUACCCCUCCCCUCACACCUAUUCCACCCUCCUCUUCGGCCUUCUCGACUCCCGUGAACACCCCCCAGCAUUUCCGCCGCCCGUCUUGUGUUAUCGCACAUGGACACCGCCAACAUCGAGGCGUCCGCCCACAUUCACACCAUCCUCCUAA